GCCGUCCUCUUCUCAAAGUCGUCGCAUGAGGAGUUCUUCUGUAGUGUUCUGAAAUUGGUGGAAGUUCUGCAUCCACAAGCGGAACAAUGAUCACGCGCGUUUUACAGAAGAGUGCCUCAGCAGCUCGGCUUUCUGUUCAGCGGAGACCGCAGAGCUCCCAAGCUUCAGGUGGAGGAGGUGGCGGAGGUGUUCUGAAAUUGGCCCUCGGAGUCACCACGGCUGCCGGAGCCGGAGCGAUCGCCUACGCGAGGUUGGAUCCCUCAUUUGCGAAAACAGUCAAGGAUAAUGCCCCAUUCCUGGAACCGGUUCUCGACGCGAUCGGAGCGGAUACCUCGGGUGGGGCUAGCAGUGCCCCGAAACUUCCGCCGGCGGAAUCUCAGCAGUCAUUGUUGAAGAGCAAACCGAAACCAGCUGAACCAGUCUUGAGGGAAGCUCCGAAGAAAGCGUCCGCUGCCAAAGACGAGACUCCUAGAGCCGCUACAAGCGAACCGAAGGACAAUGAGCUCCAGAAGCAGAAACAAAACUUCAUUCUGGAGCAAACACUCCGUGAUGUCACUUCAGCCGCCGAACGAUCCUCCACGGAAGCUGCGGCUGAUCUCGAACAGGCUGCGUCAAGAACGUCAGAAUAUGCAACGAAACUUCUUCGGGCUCUCGACGAGGCCACAGGGGGCGACGAUCACUUCAUGUGGAAGGAAGCAAACGAAGCCAAGGACUCACAGAGCUCUGCACAGAAGAGGGCCGCCGCGAAAGCUGCUGAUGCAUCUAAGGCUAUCCACAGACUGGAGGAAGCGAUCCGUAAAGGUCGAGCAGAUCCCGCGACCAAGGACAACAUCAAUCUGAAUCAGGCCGAGCAGGCCCUCAGCAAGAUGAAGAAGCGUCUCGAGACGUCGAGUGCAGUUUCUUCAAAAGCUCUGGAGAAUGUGAACCUCGCACAACAGUUCGGAGACGCAAUCGAAGAGAGCAAGAAACAUCUCAUCGAAGAGGUAAACGCUCUCUUACCGCCUGGAAAGUCAUUCUCCGACCCCAAGAAACUCACCACCGACGACCUCAAUCUGCUCGUCCAUCACGCUCACAAGAAGAUUGGAAUUCUCAACCGAGAACUUUCCCGUAUGCAACUCACAGACGACGAGAAGGCAAAGCAGUACAGACAGCAACUCUCCGCCUUGGACAAGGAAGUUGGCAGACAGAAGAGCGAAGUUGCGAAGCUAGUUGCUGAGCGAGUCAGUCAAGAGCGGGAAGCUUUCGAGAUCGAACUGCAAAACCAGCUCCGGAGGCAGGUGGGAGUCCACACCGAACACCUGAGAGAGGCUUUGGAUGACCAGCGUCAGGAGUUGACUCGCAGAUCCCAAUUGGAAGUCGAGAAAGCCCGAGAGGACGAGCGAUCGCUCCAAGUCGCUCGAUUGACAGAUGCCGUUGAGCUUUUGCAAAAGAUGGAAUCAUAUCUUCACGCCAGGAAGCUUCUUGACGAGGCAUCCAAGAAAGCCAAAUCACUCUGGCUUUCCUGUGCAUCGUUAAAACACGUUCUGUCGGAAGGACGCACCGAUGUCAAGAACACUCCACAAUCUCUCGCUGCCGAUAUCAUUCCGCUCAAGGAGGUUUCGGAAUCUUCAGAAUUCGUGAAACUUGUGCUUGACACGAUCCCUGAAAAAGCCUUGAAACGAGGAGUUUAUCCCGAGGUCGCCCUCAAAGAGAGAUUCUAUGAGGUCGAAACCGCGUGUAGACGUGUUGCGUUAAUGGAAGAUCAAAACGGAGGAGGUCCCGGACGAUACAUUCUCUCGCACCUCAUGUCAUACUUCAUGAUCUACCCGAAACCCGUGCCACAGGAAGAGCUCGAGAAGGAGCAAAAAGUCAACCCUUUGAUGUGGGACACCUACGACAUCCUCUCCCGGGUUCGCGCCUCGCUCCAGAAAGAAGAUCUAGAGCAAGCGCUGAGGUAUGCCAACCAGCUAAAAGGGACGCCACGACAAGCUGCCAAGGAUUGGAUCCAGGAGGUCCGUCUGUUGCUCGAGACCAAGCAGGCUGCGAAUGCUCUCAUGGCUUACGCAGCAGCGACAGUGGCGGAAGAUCUUCCCAAGCAUUAGAGAUUCGAAUGGAAUAGGGGCAAGAGAAUUCCGGCGGAAGGUCGUGAUGCGGAGAAUCGGGCCCCGGCUGGACCUGACGGUCCAUAAGACGGGAAACCUGUUGUCCUUUCAGUUACUCGUGAACCUUUUAUCUCAGUUUGGAGACAUCAAUGAUUUGAUUUGGAUAGGGGGUAGUUUCCGCGCUGGUGAUGGAUACUAGAGGGGAAGUCAGGAGGCGAGAUAGGUUGUUAAUAAAUUCAAGUCAGCCUCAA